AUGCGGCAUGUCUUUUUCUCUUCUUUUUAUACAGAGUUAGCUUUGGAAUCAAACCCUUCUGACCAUCCAAGGGCAAGCACAAUUUUCUUGAAUAAAUCUCAAACGGAUGUGCGAGAAAAGAAGAAGAACAACUAUGUAAACCAUGUAUCUCCAGGGCACCUUACUAAAAAAUAUAGCUCAUGCUCAACUAUAUUUCUAGAUGACAGCACAGUCAGCCAGCCUAAUCUUAGAACCACAGUACAAUGUGUGACGUUAGCAAUAUAUUACCACAUAAAGAACAGAGAUGCAAAUAGAUCCUUGGAUAUUUUUGAUGAGAGAUCACAUCCACUCACACGAGAAACAGUUCCAGAAGAAUAUUUUAGGCAUGAUCCUGAACACAAAUUUAUUUACAGAUUUGUUCGGACCCUCUUCAGUGCUGCACAGCUAACAGCUGAAUGUGCGAUAGUGACUUUGGUUUACUUAGAAAGACUUUUAACUUAUGCCGAGAUAGACAUUUGUCCCACGAACUGGAAGAGAAUUGUUUUGGGAGCCGUUCUUCUUGCCUCCAAGGUUUGGGAUGACCAGGCUGUAUGGAAUGUGGACUACUGCCAGAUCCUCAAGGACAUUACCGUUGAGGACAUGAAUGAGAUGGAAAGGCAUUUUUUAGAGCUACUUCAGUUUAAUAUUAAUGUUCCUGCCAAAUACUACUUUGACCUUCGCUCCUUAGCUGAUGACAACGACCUGCCUUUUGUAUUUGCUCCUCUUAGCAGAGAAAGAGCCCAGAAUCUAGAGGCUAUUUCCAGAUUGUGCGAAGACAAAGACCUGUGCAGAGCUGCUCUGAGACGGUCUCUUAGUGCUGAUAAUUUUAUUGGUGUUCAGCGCUCUGAAGCCAUCCUCUCUUAAGGGAGAAGGGAGGGGUGGUAAUGUCAUGAGCCCCUCCCUCAUCUACAAGGACUGGAGAAAUUAGCACCUCUCCUGCUCAAAAACUAG